GUGUUCACAGCAAACGGAAGUUUCGUUCCCGUCUAGGUCACGCCACAGAAAUCGGGUCACGAGCAGAGUUUGCGGUUGCAGUUUGACAUUACAGGAAUCAUUCAACCAAAACAACUGUUGCAAAUGACCGAAAAACCGUGACGACACAGUUUGGGGAACAUAUCGUUCCACUUCCAUGAUGGAGAUGUCUGGGAACGAUACUAUCUCUCAAGAGGGAAAUGGCAAAGCCAGUCGGGUUAUUCGCAUGGGAACGAGGAAAAGCCAGUUGGCUCGCAUUCAAACUGACAGUGUGGCCGGCACACUAAAACAACUUUAUCCAGACGUUCAUCUAGAGAUUGUUGCCAUGUCCACAAUUGGAGACAAGAUCCUGGACACUGCAUUAUCAAAGAUUGGCGAAAAGAGCCUCUUCACCAAAGAGCUGGAGAACGCGCUUGAGAGAAACGAAGUGGAUAUUGUGGUGCACUCUCUAAAGGAUUUACCUACCUCAUUGCCCCCUGGAUUCACUAUUGGAGCCAUUCUUGAGCGUGAAAAUCCUCAUGAUGCAGUGGUGCUUCAUCCAAAAAAUGCUGGACUGACCCUUGACAGCCUGCCAGAGAAGAGUGUGAUUGGCACAAGUUCACUUCGCAGAGCAGCUCAGCUGAAGAAACGAUUUCCUCAACUGGAGUUUGAAAAUAUUAGAGGGAACCUGAACACCCGUUUAAAGAAGCUGGAUGAAAAGGACGACUAUGCUGCUAUCAUUCUGGCUGCUGCAGGCCUCAAACGUAUGGGCUGGGAAAGCAGAAUCAGUCAGGUUCUGGGCCCUGAGGAUUGCAUGUAUGCCGUGGGUCAGGGUGCUCUGGCAGUGGAAGUCCGAGCUCAAGAUAAAGACAUUCUGGAAAUGGUGUCCGUCCUGCAUCAUCCCGACACAGUUCUACGCUGCAUCUCCGAGAGAGCUUUCCUCAAACAGCUGGAAGGAGGCUGCAGUGUACCUGUGGCUGUUCAUACUGAAGUCAAAGGGUCUAUGCUGUAUCUGACUGGAGCUGUGUAUAGUUUGGAUGGAGCUGAUUGUUUAAAGGACACCAUGCAGACGUGUGUGGAAUUGGACAACAAAGUGAACGAGAGUACACAGCGCUCUGCAAAUGUUGGAGUCACUGCGUGCAAUAUCUCAUCAUCAGCCCUCGAAGCUGCUGAGAAACUGGGGCUGGAUCUGGCAAAUGUUCUCCUUAAUAAAGGGGCCAAAGACAUUCUUACAACAGCCAGAAAACUAAAUGAUGCUCGAUAACCCUGAUGUUUCUGUUCAUUUCAUGUUGUGCACUGGAAUAUCAUUAGACCUAGAUAUUUUGGAAACUUUGACAUGCUGUUAACUUGGAUAAACAGUCAAAUCAACGAUAGCUGAAUAACUACCAUGAUUAGAGGAACAUGUUGUUUUAUCUAUACCUCAGUGCCUUGCUUUAACAGAGACACUACUUUUAGAUGACUGCUAUUCUCUGGUCUCAAGCACUGAGUUUUGUAAAAAAUAAAUAAAUUUAAAAAACCGCCAAUUCUGCCUUUACAGCAUAGGUCUCAAACUCAAUUCCUGGAGGGUUGCAGCUCUGCAGUUUUUCUCCAACCCUAUCAAACACAGCUGACCCAAAUAAUCAAGGUGUUCGAGAGUUAUGAACAUCUUCAUAAGGUGCAUUUGAUCAGGGUUGAAGCAAAACUGCGAGCUGCAACCAUCCAGGAAUUGAGACCUAUGCUUUACAGUGUCUCUGAACCUCAUUAUUACAAGGAAGUGAACAGAUGUCUACUUUUUACAUCAGAGCUUUUUUUCAUCUUUAGCUUUUACGUAAACGGAGUAAAAAAAAAUGUGUCAAAGUAUCCCACAUUUCCUUUUAUCACUGGAAGAAUAUUCAUGUAAUAAUCAAAGUACUGAGGUGCUAAGAUUUUAUGGGUGUUUUAGCACCAUGUAAGAUUUUUACUGGCAAAAUUAGCUGUCUAAGUUCGUGUUAAUAUUUUAUAUUUAUGUAGCAAGUUGUAAAGUGCCUUCCAAAUGUGAAAUUGACCAGCUAUACUAUAGCAAUUACUUGGCCAGCAACAUUGUGUUGUCAAAUCAACAUGAGAAUGAAUUAAAAAAUGUGUUAUAAAUAAUAAAGUAUAUCAACAACCCCC